AUGUGCAUUUUGGCUUUCACACUCCUCCUUCUCCAUGUCCCCCUCACUGUCGGGUCCCUGGCUGGAACUAGCUGCUUUUCUACAAUGAAGCACCGAGCACACAUGGAUGGAGAUGUGAUGAUUGCUGGGUUUUUUCCUCUCUACACUUUGGGAAUAGAUCACAGUCACAGCCAUGCUUCCAGGCAAGAAGAGAACAAGAUGUUUAUCUUCAAGAACUAUCAGUGUGUUUUGGCCUUGACUUUUGCUAUUGAGGAAAUAAACAAAAACCCUGAUCUUUUACAUAAUUUAACUUUGGGAUUUGAUAUCUAUGAUGUUCACUUCAGAGCUUGGACAAUGUUUAAGAAUCCCUUCAUUUUUCUUUUUGGGAAGUAUAAGAUUCCAAACUACUCCUGUAUGAGAGUCAGCAAGUCUAUAGCAGUAAUUACAGGACCAUCAGGAAUAACAUCUGACCAGAUUGGGACAUUGCUAGGACUCUACAGAUUUCCACAGUUUACCUUUGGGCCUUUUGAUCAUGCCCUGAGUGACCAUAACAAGUUUCCUGCUCUCUAUCAGAUGGCCGCAAAGGACACAUCAAUAGCCACUGCCAUAGUCUCCUUACUGCUUCACUUCAGCUGGAGCUGGGCGGGACUACUGACUACACAAGAUGAGAAUGGUGCAUGGGUUCUUGUUGAAUUGAAAGAAGAGAUGGCCAAGAAUAAAAUUUGUGUAGCCUAUGAGCUAAUGAUCUCAACCCAAGACGCAUCACAUAUAUACAAACUCAUGGCAGUCUAUAACCAGAUAAAUCUAUCUUCAGCAAGUGUCCUCAUCAUAUAUGGUGAUAAUGAUUCCCUGAUAGCUUUAAUGGUAUUUAUUGAGCAAAUAUUUAUGCAUGAUGUUGACUCUGACUGUGUAACAUGGGACAACUGUGCUCAUGAUAUCUCUUUGGAUUUGUUGCCUGCAUGCACUUUUGACAUGACUAUGUCUGUGGAUAGUUACAAUAUAUACAACGCUGUGUAUACUGUGGCCCAAGCUCUCCAUGAGAUGCUUCUUCAUCAAACAGAAGUUCAAACAAUGGGAAAUAGAAAAGGAGUACUGCCUUCCUCUGUGCAGCUGCACACUUUUCUGAAGAAUGUCCAGUUUUAUAAUCCAACUGGAGAUCAAGUGAUUUGGGGUGAGAAAAGGAAAUUGGAACCAGAGUAUGAUAUUCUAAACAUUUGGAAUUUUCCAGAGGGUCUUGAACUUAAGGUGAAAGUAGGAAAGUUUUCUCCAUAUGAUCCACAUGGCAAUCAACUGUCUUUAUCUGAAGAUAUGGUAGAGUGGGCAAUCGGAACUACAGAGACUCCUCACUCUGUUUGCAGUGAGAGCUGUGGUCCUGGAUUCAGGAAAUCUCCUCAGGAGGGAAAGGCUGCCUGUUGCUUUGAUUGUACACCUUGCCCAGAAAAUGAGAUUGCUAAUGGGACAGAUAGGGAGAAAUGUCUGCAAUGUUCAGAUCAUCAGUAUGCCAACACACAGAGGACUCAGUGCUUGUUGAGAGCUGCCAGUUUCCUGGCUUUUGGAGAUCCCUUGGGCAUGGCUCUAGUUGUCAUGGGUCUAUGCUUUUGUAAGCUCACUGCAAUUAUUCUUGGAAUAUUUUGGAAACACCAUGACGCUGCCAUUGUCAAGGCCAAUAAUAGGGCUCUCAGCUACAUCUUGCUCAUCUCCCUCAUCUUCUGUUUCCUCUGUUCCUUGCUCUUUCUUGGCCGUCCCAACACAGUCACCUGCAUCCUGCAGCAGAUCACAUUUGGAGUUGUGUUCACUGUGGCUGUUUCCACAGUGUUGGCCAAGACUGUGACUGUGAUUCUGGCUUUCAAGGCCACUUCCCCAGGGAGAAGGAUGAGGUGGCUGCUGGUAUCAGGGGCUCCUAACUUCAUCAUUCCCAUCUGCACUCUCAUCCAGGUGACCCUCUGUGGACUCUGGCUGGGAACCUCUCCUCCCUUUGUAGACACAGAUGAACACUCUGAACCUGGCCACAUCAUCAUCCUGUGCAACAAGGGCUCCCUCACUGCCUUCUAUUGUGUCCUGGGAUACCUGGGCUCUCUGGCUCUGGCCAGCUUCACUAUGGCUUUUCUGGCCAGGAACCUGCCUGACACCUUCAAUGAAGCCAAGUUCCUGACCUUCAGCAUGUUGGUGUUCUGCAGUGUGUGGCUCACUUUCCUUCCUGUCUAUCACAGUGCCAAGGGGAAAGCCAUGGUGGCUGUGGAGAUCUUUUCCAUCUUUGCCUCUAGUGCAGGACUCUUAGGCUGCAUUUUUGUCCCAAAGUGUUACACCAUCUUGUUAAUGUCAAAAAGAAAUUCUCUACAUGGCUUCAGUGAUAAAAGACAUAAGAGUAGAAAUAAGCAUUCUUAA